AUGGGGCAGUUUAGAGACUGGUUGCUCUCUCUUUUCAGAAAGAAAGACCCGGGUCCCAGUCGCAUUUUAUUCGUGAAUGACGCCGAGGGGAACGACGAGUUCGGGUUCAGCAGCAACCGCAUCUACACCACCAAGUACACCUGGUACACCUUUCUCCCCCGCGGCCUCUUCGAGCAAUUCCGCCGCGUCGCCAACUUGUAUUUUCUCUUCCACGCGUGCGUGUCGCUCACGCCGCUCUCUUCCAUCAGCCCCAUGGCGACGGUCCCGCCGCUCGUGUUCGUUGUCGGUCUCGCCAUGGCUAAGGAGCUAUGGGAGGAUAUUAAACGCGGGAGCUCCGAUUACGAGACGAAUAAGCGGAAAGCAACGGUCAUACGGCCGGACGGCACGGAGGCGACGCGGCGAUGGCGCGAUCUGCGCGUGGGGGAGCUGAUCCGCGUGCCGCACGACGCCUUCCUGCCCGCCGACAUCAUCUGCGUCGCGACGAGCGACGACGGCGGCGCGUGCUACGUGGAAACAAUGAAUCUGGACGGCGAGACGAACCUCAAGAUGCGCAGCGCGGUCUUCGAGACGCACGCGAUGAGCGCGGCGGAACUCGCGCGGGUGCGCGGGCGCGUCGAAUGCGAGCAUCCGAACGCGUCCAUCUACACGUUCGCGGGGAAAAUGCUGCUUAGAACGAGUACCGAGGGUGCUAUUAGCGGGAGGAGUGAUAGUAGCGCGGACAUCGAGUCUUCCGAAGGCAGCCAGUCUGGUGACGCGGCGCCGAUUUUCAUCACUCCGGCGAAUAUUCUCCUGCGCGGUUCGCGGCUGCGCAACACCAAGUGGGCGGUGGGGAUUGUCGUAUACACCGGCCGCGAGACCAAGAUCAUGAUGAACUCCACCGACCCGCCGUCCAAACGAAGCUUCGUGGAAAAGCGACUGGAUUUCGUGAUCAUGUUCGAGCUGGUGGUGCUGGUGGGGCUGGCGACGUUCUCCUCCGUGAUGUACGGCGUGUAUCUCGGCAACUACAUGCCGCAGCAAUGGUACCUGCGGCCCGAGGAUUACACCGGCGUGACGGGCGUGGCUAAGGCGAUGUAUAACUGGCAGCAGCCGGCUUUGGCGGGAUUCAUGCAGUUUUUCACGGCGCUCGUGCUAUACGGGUAUUUUGUGCCUAUAUCGCUGUAUGUGACUAUGGAGUUGGUGAAGCUAGUGCAGGCUGCGACGAUCGCGCUCGACCUGCAUAUGUAUUACGAGGAGAAGGAUAUCCCCACUACAGCGCGCACCUCUAACCUUAACGAGGAGCUCGGUAUGGUGCACACCGUUUUGUCGGAUAAAACGGGCACGUUAACUCGCAACCAGAUGGAUUUCUUCAAGUGCUCUAUAGCGGGGAUAGCGUACGGCACGGGAGUGACGGAGGUAGAGAAAGCGGCGGCAGAGAGAAUGGGCCAGCCAAUCCCGGACGAGGAUGAGGAGACGGAGGGGGAGGAGGGGGUAUACACCCCGCUAAAGCCCUUGGAAAAGGGGUACAACAUGAAGGACCCCCGGCUGGACGAUCUGAAAUGGCGGACGCAGCCGACAGCCGAGGAGAUUAGGAGGUUCCUCGAGGUAAUGUCGGUGUGCCACACCGUGAUCGCAGACACGGGCGACGCGGCGGAUGCGGCGGGAGGUGCGGGGAAGGAGGGCGGCGCCGGUGGUGGCGGGGCAGGCGCGGGGGGUGGCGCUGGAGGUGGUGCGGCGGAGGGGUGGGAGGCGGGCGCAGCGGGGCACGUAGGCGACGGUGAAAGCAGCAGCGACGACGACGACGAAUACGAGGCCGCCAUGUGGCGCGACGACGGCGGCAUGGUGAGCGUGGGCGGCAGCAUGCGCAGCCUGGGCGGCAGCAUGUCGAGCUACCACACGGCCGACGCGCGCAGCGCGCAAGACUCGUUCCACUCCCUGGGUUCAUCCGAAGGCGCCAGGCAAGGGGCAAUGAGGGCGGAGCCGGGGAGCGAUCACGACAUGACCGGGGGAGGCGCGGGGGAAGUCUCGGGGGUAGGAUCGGUGGGCGCGGAUCCCGACGCGGUGCGGUACCUGGCGGAGUCCCCCGACGAGGCGGCGUUCGUGGUGGCGGGGAAGCGCAUGGGGAUGGUGUUCGCGGGGCGGCAGGGGCGCGAGGUGCGUGUGCAGGAGUUCGCGGAGGGGUGGGUGCUAAAGGACGAGCGGCGCUACACGCUGCUGCACACCAUCGAAUUCACCAGCCACAGGAAGCGCAUGAGCGUGAUCGUGCGCACGCCAGAGGGCAAUCUUGUCCUUUUGUGCAAGGGCGCGGACAACAUCAUCAUGGACCGCCUGGGCGGCAGUGUCGAGGCGCAGCGGCACCGGCCAAUCACGGAGCAGCACAUGCGCACGUACGCAGAAGCGGGGCUGCGCACGCUGGCGAUCGCGUGGAAGGAGAUUGGCGAGGAGGAGUAUGCCAGCUGGCAGAUGCGGAUUGGGCGGGCGGAGGGGAGAGAGGAACGGGGUGCACAAGCGCGGUGGGAGCGCGCCAAGGGCAACGUGGCGGACGUGGCAGCGCAGGCAGCGGAGCUGGAGGGCCUGGCGGACGAGAUGGAGAGGGGGCUCAUCCUGCUGGGCGCCACAGCCAUCGAGGACAAGCUGCAGGUGGGGGUACCACAGGCCAUCGAGGCCAUGGCAGCAGCGGGCAUCCGGCUGUGGGUGCUGACAGGGGACAAGCUCGAGACGGCCGUCAACAUCGGCUUCGCAUGCCGCCUGCUGCGCCCCGGCAUGCAGCAACACGUGGUGUUCCUCGAGGAUAAUGACAGGCUGACUGCUGAUGCGGCCGCUGCUGGCGCGGACCCUGCAGAGUUCGCAGCCAGCGCCAUCCGCGCGCAGAUCCUCUCCGCCAAGUCCGCCGCCAUGGCGCCGGGCGCCUCGCACGCCGCGCCGCACGCGCUCAUCAUCGACGGCAAGGCGCUCGCCCACGUGCUGGCGGACGCCGCCCUGCGCAGCGACUUCCUCCGCGCCGCGCUCGCGUGCGCGUCCGUCAUCUGCUGCCGCGUGUCGCCCAAGCAGAAGGCGCAAGUCACGGAGCUCGUAGGCUCGGAAGGCGGGAUGAUAACCCUAGGAAUCGGCGAUGGCGCGAACGACGUGGGGAUGAUUCAGAAGGCGCAUAUUGGCGUGGGGAUUGCGGGGGAGGAGGGGCAGCAGGCGGUAAUGGCUGCUGACUUCGCAAUCGGGCAGUUUCGGUUUGUAGAGCGGUUGCUGCUGGUGCACGGCGCGUGGAGCUACACCCGAAUUACAUACAUGAUAAAAUAUUUCUUAUACAAGUGUCACACAUUCGCCUUCACCAUCUUUUUCUUCAACGGGCUCGCGCUGUUUUCGGGCAGCGCGGUGUACGUUGAUUGGCUGCUCGUGCUGUUCCAAGUGCUGUUUUCAUCGCUGCCCGUGGCAGCGGUGGGAGCGUUCGAUCAAGACGUGAAGGCAAUCUACCACCUCAGAUACCCGCGCCUCUACGCCCAGAGCCAGCGCAACCGUCUGUUUACCGUGGGGGCGAUCGGCAUGGCGAUGGGCAAGGGCAUGGUGCAGGCGGCCAUUCUCUUUGCGGUCUCCUUCCUGCCGCUGCUGCUCUCCUCCUCCGGGGCCGACGGGCGCGUGCUGGACCUCACAGCGCAGGGCUCCAUUCUCUUCACUGCCCUCGUGCUGGCUGUCAACCUCGAGCUCGCCAUCACCAUCCAGCAUGGCACCAGCCGCUUCUCCACUCCCCACCCACACCCAGUGCCUCACGCCACUUGUCGUACCUGCAAGCCCAGCGCCUGUGUACCCCGCUUCCCCGCCUCCUCUCCCAGUCACUCACUGCCCACAUUCGGCACCCGCCAAAUCACUAUCCCUCCACCACCCCUUCCCACCCCCACCAGUACUGGACGCUCAUACACCACAUGGCCAUAUGGGGCUCCAUUGCCCUCUGGUUCCUCUGGUGGCUUGUGUGAAACUCAUUCAGCACCCUCCUCCCCUCUCACCACCCCUUCCCACCCCCAACAGUACUGGACAAUAAUGCACCACAUGGCGGUAUGGGGCUCCAUCGCCCUCUGGUUCAUCUUCCUCCCCGUCGUAAGCUAUCUACCCUCCACGCUCUCAGCCUCUUUCUACGGCAUGGCGCCCAUGCUGCUGCCGCGCCCCGCCUACUACCUCAUAGUGCUGCUGGCCACAGUGGCGACCCUGCUGCCUGGCUUUGCAGCAGCCAGCAUCACGCGGUAUCUGGCGCCCACUGAUGUGGAGGUGGUGCAGGAGGUGCAGCAGCAGGACCAUAAGAGACGGCUUACUCGCCUCGCCACCAUGCGGAGCAGCAGGAGGAGAUAA